CCGAGAAAAGACUACACUGGAGUCAGAUGCAGACCACUGCCAGUCACAUACACGACAAGGAGGGGAGAACUGUUUCUUUACCCCAGCACAAUGGAAGCCGACCCAUGGGAUAUGAAAGUUACCCCUACACAACUGAAAAUUUUGGCAGAUGUUAGUUAUAAAAGGUCUGCGAUUAAAGAGGCACAGAAUUAUCGAAAAGCUCGUAUGGGUGACCGGUGGAUACUCACUGGAAAUCUAAAACGAAAUUUGGAAUUUCCCGAAAAUUGGGUUUCUCCUGGACGCGAAACUGUUCCACAGUAUGCAGUCGAAUGGGGCCUUUCAACCGGUGAAUUCUUGAAAGAAUAUCGUCGUGGGGACGCCCAUAACAAUGCUUCAAAG